AUGACAACUUCAUCUUCAAUUACCUAUUCAUAUCUAUCUCAAAAAAUUAUAGAUAGUGAAGCUUCUUCUGAAGAAAUAUUAGAUUCAUUAUCAGCUCAACAAAAAAUAGAAUUACUUGAAAAAAAAAGAAUUGAGCAAGCUAUUAUAGAAAUACCUACUAUAGAGCCACCUAAACAAGAUAAACAUCAGUCAUCAAAAAUUAAACUUUGGGAGCUUUGCUCGUGGCUACCAAAAACUUACUUUGCAAAAAUUAAAGCUAAUUUUACUUCAAUAUUGAAGCAAAUAAAAUCGCUAAGUCAUCAACAUGGUCACAAUUAG